UUUUCAGUCGCUUUGUGGCAGCGGAGAAAAAAGGUUCAAAUUGGAGAUAAUAUCUUAUAAUGCAAUAUUUUGUCAUAUUUUUUGCCAUAUUUUCCUUGGUUGCACUUGUUCACGGACAAAAUGAUCCAAAGUGCAAGAAAGAUCCUUUUGCAGUCGGAAAAUGUCAGCAAAUUAUUACAGGAUACACAUUUACACCGGAAAAAAACAGGUGUUCGAGUUAUUCAGCUGAAGGCUGUCGAGUUACUGGUAACUUUUUUAAGACACGACAGCAAUGCGAGAAAAAAUGCGGAACUGACUUUUUGCGAAAUGAUUUUCCCUUGCAAAAUUACGGAAAUCCCGAAGAGUUUCAAAGAAACCUAAUGUAUUUACAUUUACUAAGGGAAUUUGCUAACGAAUAAAUUUCAAUGAAAUAUA